AUCAUAAAAUUGUGGCUGUUUCCGAAUCACGAAAAUGAGCUCCCUUCCAUUGUCAAUCGGAAUUUAUAAUCCCGCUCACAGAUUAGGAUCUGUCACCACAAGGAAGCCAUGGAUAGUUCAAUCCUCUGCUCUCAAAUUGGAUCUAAACGCAUCGAUUUCAACUCCAUUGAGCAGAAGAGAAGCUGUCGGCAUUGGCUUAAGCUUCAGCCUUGUUCAAUUUCUUCACCCGCGGACGGACGCAGCGGCGGCGGAGAGCGCCGCCCCCGACACGUGUGAGUACACGGCAGCUCCUUCAGGUCUCGCCUUCUGCGACAAGGCUAUCGGAACCGGACCUCAACCUGCUAAAGGCCAGCUCAUUAAGGCGCACUAUAUCGGCAGAUUGCCGGACGGGAAGGUGUUUGAUAGUAGUUACAAUAGGGGGAAACCUCUGACGUUUCGCGUUGGAGUUGGUGAGGUGAUUAAAGGAUGGGAUGAUGGAAUUCUAGGUGGAGAAGGAAUUCCACCCAUGCUACCUGGAGGUAAACGCAAGCUGAAAAUUCCUCCAGCACUAGGAUAUGGCAUGAGGGGAGCAGGCUGCAAAGGAGGAUCGUGCAUUAUUCCACCAGAUUCAGUUCUUUUUUUCGACGUGGAGUUCGUUGGAAAGGCUUAACUUGAGGCUUCGCGAUGGGUUGUGGAUCAAUUGCUUUCGAGGUUAUCUUUUUUCCACGUUUUACACUCUAUGCUAUUUUGUUUCUGGUAUAUGUUAAGAUUUAAAGUAACUGUGUAAUUUAAUUGAAUCCUCAAAUACAUGGAGAAAUUUGGUUUCCAUUGUAUAUGUUACAGAGAUACAAUUGAUAUAGAAAUUAAUAUUCUAAUUUA